ACACAAAGUGAGAAGCAACAAAACGUUGCUUUCCUUCUAUUUGAAAUCACACUCCUCUUUCUUACAAUAAUAACAUAUCCCUCCCCAUUAAAUCCAAUGUAAUGAAUCCAUUAUUCAAAAACAUUAUGGUAUCAAUAAUGUGUAACAGAUCCGGAGAUAAUUAUUGGAUAAUGGGUGUCAUUGUGGGUGCGGUAAUAGUGUAACAAGAGUGUCAUUUUUGAGAGCAAAAUCAAAACAUGGGAUCAAGUGGAAGCAAAGUCUCAUCAUCAAGCGGAAAAGGGAAAGGGUGUAGUGUUAAGCUUUUCCAUUCAUGUUAUUGUCUUGGGUUGCCUUCUGAGUGUCGAGACAGAAGAAACAAUGGUGACAAUGACCAAGUUUGUGAUCACAUGAGCAAAGAAAAUGAAGGCAAUGCUUCAUCUACUGGCCAGACUAAAAGAGAAUUAGAACAGGCCAAAAUUGAGUCUUACAGAAAGGUUAAAGGUGAACAAUCUGAUGAAACUUGUGUAUCUUCUAAUGUUGACUUGGAUGAAUGGCGUCAAGCUAGUAUCACAAAUGCUGCUUCCAGGGUGGGUAGCAGCUCCACUCGAGAUGCUUCUGGUCCAGCUUUGACCUCUCAAAGUAGCUUUCUUUCUCGAUUUAGCUUUGUUCCUGGUAAUGUGAGCUUUAGACUUAGCAGAGCCACUAGUUUAGGUUCAUCUAGAGGUUAUUGCAACUCUUCUACAAAUCUCCAAAUGCUAAAUGAAAAAAAGGGUAUAUGUCUUCAUCCAAGAUCUGGCAAUGGUGUCAUUGAUGGAAACGGAGCUCAACAAAGUAGUGAUUUGCUGCCUGCAUCCCUGAUCAACAGAACCCACAGAGUGUACCAUGAAGACACUGAUCCCAGUUUGCAGCCUAACAAUGGGGCAUCUGAUUCCUUGGACAACAAUCGAGGUAAUCAGACAAUUUCUUCUAGUCAUGAUGCACGGAGAGAAGGAGGUAGCACCAGAGUGUGGAUCGAUGGAACCUCACAUUCUCCGAGAAUUUUUAGUGAUUCAGAUAGUUUUGAGACUAGAAUGUCUGAUAGGCGAACUGGAGCACAAGAACCUGCUGAUAGUAAUGUUCGUUUUAGCAGAACCCUUAGUGUGGGAAGACUUCGUGAUAGAGUUCUUCGUCGAUCAUCACUAUCUGAUGUCACAUCUUGUCCUUUGCAACAAGAGAGACAAUUGAGAGACGUCUUUCAGGUUAUUGGGAGACAAGCCUUGGGUGGUGAAACAAGGGUAUCAGAAUCUGAAGGCGAUGGUCUAAACUCACCAACCACAUAUCCUCCUUCUAGCAGCACUCAUGAUCAUGAGCUGGAAACUACACGAUCAAGAGCGUCCAGGUAUCAUGACUUAUUGGAACAUAGGUCAAACUUUCUUGAACGGAGGAGAAGAAUACGAUCUCAGGUCGGUGCUCUUCAGCGACUAGGAAGCCGUUUUGAGAACCUGUCCGGACAUGAGAGAUCUUGUAUAUUAUCUGGUCAUUAUAGAACAGGUCGUUGUACAUGUCAUGCGACUAACCAAGAUGCCAAUUUAAAUGAUGACACAAGUGCUAGAGCUAGCAUAUCAAGAAUUGUCAUCCUAGCUGAAGCUCUGUUUGAGGUUCUGGAUGAAAUUCACCAGCAAUCUGCGGUGCUGUCCUCUCAGCCUUCAAUAUCUUCUCUUGGAUCUAUACCUGCACCUAAGGAAGUGGUGGAUCGAUUGACUGUCAAAUUAUAUACUAAGUCACAGAAACAUCAGAAUGAGGACACAGCUCAUAUCUUUUCCUCUCUUCUAAACACAGAUGUUAUAUCUGCCUUGUGGAGUAUGAGGAAGGGGACAGCAUGCGGAUUCUGCCUUGCCAUCAUGAAUUUCAUAGAACAUGUAUAGACAAGUGGCUCAAGGAGAUUCACAGGUUAUGUCCACUUUGUCGUGGGGAUGUUUGCAGUCCUGAUUCAUUCCCUUCGAAAAACUAAGAUGGCUAGUUUGUCCGGCAGAGUACAAGUAAUUUAGCAUGAUAAAAUGCAAAAUGAAAAAGAAAUUGCAGAAAACUUGAACCCUUUUCUGCCAGGACAUUGGUUGUCAUGUUUGGUUCCAACUGAUUAGAGGUCAGCACCUUGGUGAUGUUUGAGGUUGGAAUUGAAGCUUGGGAGGGGCGAAGUAUAUCUUAUUCUUCACUUGAUAUAAUAUUCCUUUGGUCUUUGGGACAAAUUUAGUGCUUAGCUUGAGGCAUUGUUUUAAGCAAGAAGGUUAUCAACAUCAAUCUAUAUCUUUCCCUGUUCUUGGUCCUCUUUGAAUCACUAAAAUGAUGAAUCCGUCGAAAAGGACCUCUUCAUUGUAUGAAACUAAAAACUUCUAGUUAGUUUUCUUUGAUGUAGCACAUUCAAACAAACAUUAAACUGCUGAUAAUUGGUCUUUA